UAAUCUUUUCUUUCUUUCUUUCUUGCUUUUUUUUCUGUUUUGCUGAAAAGCAUGGGAGGCACAAUACCACCUGCUCCAGCCAAUGCCUCCACAGAGGAGACAAGUAAGGGCAAAGCAGAGGAGCAGCCAGAGGAACCGGUUAAAUCACCUGAGCCAGAAAGUGAAGAGAGUGACUUAGAAAUUGACAACGAGGGUGUGAUUGAACCAGACAGUGACGACCCUCAAGAAAUGGGAGAUGAAAAUGUGGAGGUAACUGAAGAGAUGAUGGAUCAAGCUAAUGAAAAGAAGGUGGAGGCUAUAAACGCUCUGAGUGAAGGUGAGCUUCAGAAGGCCGUCGACUUGUUCACCGAAGCCAUCAAACUGAAUCCUUGUUUGGCCAUCCUGUACGCCAAGAGGGCGAGUGUUUUUGUGAAACUACAGAAGCCAAAUGCUGCCAUUAGAGACUGUGACAGAGCCAUCAAGAUUAAUCCUGACUCAGCACAGACCUACAAAUGGAGGGGGAAAGCACAUAGACUUCUGGGUCACUGGGAAGAAGCUGCACAUGAUCUUGCAUUGGCUUGUAAACUGGAUUAUGAUGAAGAUGCUAGUGCGAUGCUGAAGGAGGUGCAACCAAGAGCUCAGAAAAUUGCAGAACAUCGCCGAAAAUAUGAGCGGAAGCGUGAAGAAAAGGAAAUCAAGGAAAGAAUGGAGAGAGUGAAGAAGGCACGAGAGGAGCAUGAGAGAGCACAAAGGGAGGAAGAAGCAAGACGGCAGGCAGGAGGAGCUCAGUUUGGUGGUUUCCCAGGUGGCUUCCCAGGUGGAUUCCCUGGGGCUAUGCCUGGAGGUAUGCCAGGAAUGGCAGGUAUGCCAGGUCUCAAUGAGAUUCUCAGUGACCCAGAAGUCCUUGCGGCCAUGCAGGAUCCAGAAGUUAUGGUUGCAUUCCAAGAUGUUGCCCAGAACCCGGCAAAUAUGUCCAAGUACCAGAAUAACCCCAAGGUCAUGAAUCUCAUCAGUAAAUUGUCUGCCAAAUUCGGCAGUAAGCCGUAAAAUCCCUGGUUCUUAAAAAUCAUAUCUCAGUGGGAAGGAUUGAUUUGGUUAACCAGUGUUGCAAUAAAACAAACCAUUUUACCUCUGAUCCUCUUAAGAAGAGAAAUGGGGUGUUCUAAGGAGAAUAGCUCUCUAGCCCCAUGUGUUGAACUUACUCAUGAUUGGUUUAUAGCACUCAAAUUAUAUUCAAAUAGCAUACACUUUCAACCAUCCCUCCUUACCUAAGAGUUUGCAACCUUUUCUUUAAGUAUUAAAGACAGUUUCCUCUGAAUGAAGACUCUUGUAAGAAAUUGUAAUGUUCCUGGGGUGUAAGAUACAACCUCUUAUAGUUUUGGGGUUUUUUUAUUCUCUGUGAGCAAAGAGGAAAGAACUUUAGACAGAUGAAGUCUGUCUUGCCCACUUAGGACAGAAAAGUUGAUCUAGUUAUAAAUAGCAAAGGUGAGACAAGUCUGAAGAAUUAACUGGAUAAAGGAAUUCUCUGCAAAUGCAAGUCCUUAUUUUUUUAAAUGAGUGACUGUCUUUAUAUAGCUAUUAAAAAAUUAUCGAUAUAACCAUGCUAGCUAGUUAUACACUGGAACUUCUGGCAGUGCUGCAAAUAAUUUAUAUUUUGAUUACCACAACUGUGCAGCAAAGGUGCAGCCCUAUCCUUUGCACAACCUCGCAUGAAAUACAUAUUGCAGAUGCCACAGAGGUUUUGUUGCUUGCUCAAUUCUUGUCCGGCACCUUUGUGUAACAUUUUAUUUAUCAAGUUGCUUAUGGAAGAGCAGGUUACUGUCUGUACUUGCGCUCAUAUCCUUUCCCAAUUGGCAGGUCCUCAGCUGGUUGCACUCACCUUUCCUGGGGCUGUGCUUACCGGGUUUCAUCUAUUUGGAAAUUUUAGGGGAAGAAUCUUGUUCCUAUCACUACCUCUGUCCUGUUGAAUGCAAGCCAUCCAGAACAUGUAAAUACAGAGUUAUAAAUCAGUUAAGGGGAGAGUGCCCAACAAAAUUGCAGCUCUGGUUUCUGAAUGGGUUUGAGUUCUUAACAUGCUUACAGACAAAAGUCCUUGGCCAAAGUUGGCUUUUUUUUUUCUUUCUUUCUCUUUCUUUCUUUCUUUCUUUUUCCUGCUGUUGCCUGUUUGGAGAUGAUGACUCUUCCUUCACCGCAUACUGUAGUCUUCCUUUUUUUUUUUUUUGUAUCCCUUUCUUUAAAAAAUGCUCUUGUCCUGUUUUCAAAUUCCAAUUCAUGUUUUUGAGGCUUGUGAUACAGAGGAAGAGGUGAAGUAAUUGGAGCAGACAAA